AUGGAUAGAGAACCAGAAGAACUGCAGUUUCUUGGGGCGUUUGGUAUCUACAAAGAAGCCUACAAAAUCAUAUUUUCACUUAGGAAGAUCUUCAGCCAAAUCACUUUAGCCUUGAUCCUCCCUAUGAGCCUCAUCUUUUUGAUCCACAAAGAGAUAUCUAAUGCUCUCUUUCGGAAGAUCCUAAUUAACGAGAGCAAUUUAGACCAAACCAUAGUUGGAAGUCCCAAAUACAACAAGCUUUCCCAUCUCAUCUCCACCGAAUUGAUCACUUUAUGGCUCUUCAAAGUAGCAUAUUUCACCUUCCUCCUCAUCUUCUCCCUCCUCUCUACCUCCGCCGUGGUCUACACCAUCGCCUGCAUCUACACCGGCAAAGAGGCGACCUUCAAGAAGGUCAUGAGCGUCGUGCCGAAGGUAUGGAAGAGGCUCAUGGUCACCUUCUUGUGGACUUUCCUCGCCUUUUCCGCCUACAACAUAGCCGCAGUGAUUGUCCUAUUCGCGGCGCUUUUAUCAGUUAACUCAACUUAUGAUGCUGAUUUGGUAAUUGGCAUAGUUCUAGUGAUUGCGUACUUGCUAGGUUUUGUGUACUUGAGCCUUAUUUGGCACUUGGCUUGUGUUGUGUCUGUGUUAGAAGACAUCCGAGGAAUUGAGGCGAUGAACAAGAGCAAGGGCUUAAUUAGGGGGAAAACUGGGGUGGCAAUGAUAAUAUUUUCGAAGCUCGCCUUCUCCGUUUUUGUGCUGCAAUUUGCAUUUCAAAGGCUAGUUGUGGAUGGAUGGUCUUUGGGAGUGGUGGAUAGGGUUGGUUAUGGGAUUAUAUGCCUUUUAGUACUUCUCAAGUUGGUGUUGUUUGCACUUGUUAUCCAGACAGUUCUCUAUUUUGUGUGCAAGUCAUACCACCACGAGGGCAUCGACAAGUCGGCUUUGUCAGAUCACCUAGACGUUUACCAGCUUGGAGAAUAUGUUCCUUUGAAGGCCAAGGAUGUCCAACUUGAGCAAUUUGAGGUCUGA